UUUUUGACAGGUUUAUAACAUCAUAAUUGAAGAUAAGCGCCAAAUACUGUCAUUAGUGAGGUACACGUCCGAUCUCCAAGAAUUUGAUGAAAAGAUACGUGAGUAUUUUCGGAAAACCAAGGUUGUCCUACCGCCACUCGAUACGGCGUCAAGCAAACAGGCUAACUUGAAGAGGCGCAGCUUCCGCAACCUCUUGACAGCUCUACCAAGUCUCAAGCCAAAGCACUCAAAUUCUGAGAAAGUUGAACAAUAUCUGAGACGGUGUGCCCUAGACUCCUCCAUCGGAAAAUCGUCCUUAUUCCGUGAUUUUUUCACUCCACAACGAGAUGAGGAUUGUUCAACAGCAAAAGAAAAAAUGCAAACUUACGUGGAGAUGCAUGCAACAGCAUGGAUGAAUGAGCAGCAUCAACAUGAUCAAAACAAGAAACAAAAACAGAAACAGAAGCAGAAAGCACCAUUGCAUCCUGGUGAUAGAAGUGCAGACAAUCUGGCAGAAAGCAGUGCAAGCGCAUUGGCGCUAGAUACUACAAGCUCAUACUGGCAGGUGGAUAGCGCGCCAUCAUCGCCAGUUGUGAACACCUACGCUACUAGCAUUGAAAAUACAUCCAGUAGUGUAAUAUCCUCAGCAUCAAGUGCUGAGCUUGAUCCACCCUCUCAAAAGCCAUCCCUAUCGCGAAAGGUGACAAUACAAGAUUUUCAAAUCUUAAAAGUGCUGGGAAAGGGGUGCAUGGGAAAGGUCAUUCUAGUGAGAGAACAUCGAACAUCUCGAUUAUUUGCUCUCAAAGCAAUAUCGAAACAGUUUGUUGUUAUGCAUCGAGAGGUGGAGCAUGCAAAAUCUGAAAGGGAAAUAUUGGCGCGGAUAGGUCAGAUAUCGCAUCCAUUCCUCAUUAGGCUGCAUCAUUCGUUUCAAGAUGCUUCCCAGUUAUUCUUGGUGUUCGAUUAUCACGUUGGGGGUGAUAUGGCCACACAGUUGGCAAAGUGUUACAAGUUUUCCCCUGGAAGAUGCCGCCUGUACACUGCAGAAAUUUUGCUGGGUAUUCAAGAAUUGCAUCGCCUUGGGAUUUUGUACCGUGAUUUGAAACCCGAAAACAUUCUGUUGGGAGCAGAUGGACACAUCAUCCUGACUGAUUUCGGGCUUUCCAAACAAUUCUUACCGCAGACAAAUGUUGGAGACCAACGAACAACUACAUUUUGUGGUACUGCUGAAUAUCUUGCACCAGAAAUAUUGCGCGGAGAUGAAUACUCCUUUGCUGUAGAUUUCUGGAGUUUAGGUACCUUGCUGUAUGAAAUGAUUACUGGUAUUCCACCUUUCUGGGCCGAAAAUCACGCAGAUAUGUACAACCGAGUUUUAGACGACAACUUGGAAUUCCCUCCCAAUUUUGACACUGUCACAGCGGAUUUCAUUACUGGUCUACUACAUCGUGUACCCCAAGAUCGACUUGGAGCUGGACCUUACGGCCCGCAAGAAAUUCGAUCGCAUCCCUACUUCGCCGGGAUGGAUUGGUCGGACGUAUACCGCAAGCGCAUUAAGCCAGAAUACAUACCGAUGUUUAAAUCGGAAACGGAUCUCCAAAAUUUUGAUGACACAUUUGUGGCAAUGACUCCUAGAUUUAGCCUGGCUAGCGACGGCGAGUUCCUAAGCCCGAGUAUUCAAGGCGACUUCGAUGGAUAUUCGUACACGGGGGCAAGCAUGCAUUUCGACGACAGUCAUCAAGUUAAAGACGACAUUGACGAUGACGAACAGCUUCAACAGACACAACAGCAGCUUCGUCAAGAUUUGACCGCUAUAGCGAACGGUAAUCAAGAAACCCUCUUGGAAUCAUUUUUCCCAGGCUAUGUACCGGAAGAAAAUAGAGAUUCUCUAAUCGACCCAUGGGCAUACAAUGGGCAAAUUAUAGGCACACCAACGCCGGAUGAAAGCUCAGAGGCUGAUUACUCAAGUGACAGCCAAAAUCAAGACUGGUUUGGAAGUCAACGAACAACACAAAUGGUCCAUCAAGGCGAUUAUGACGAUUACUACUAUACCACAAGGAGCUCUAGCAAUGCAACAAUAGAUGACAGACGCUCUUCAAGACCACCAGUAACUCCCGAUCAACAGCUUCGAGUAUCACCAUUCUCAAUGGCUCGCGCAGCUGGGAACCUGGGAACAUCAUACGGCUCUUCCAGUUCGUUCGGUGGUUAUUCUGAAAUAAGAACUAAAAUUGACGAGCAUUACGAUAUGCUCGAAAACGAAUUGCCAAUGGAAUCUUUGUCUAUUGACGAUCGCUCAAAAUAUAAUACCACGCCAACUCCAUUCAGAGAUGUUGGCAAAAAUAACCACAGUGACGCAUCAUCUACCCACGCUCCAACAUUACGACGCUCCAAAGAUAUGUUUACUGGUCAAUGACAUUCGUAAAUAUUGCAAAAAAUACAAUUAUCUCGCGUCUGAGGGGUUUUUUUCCAUUAUUAGUUUUUUUAUUUUUUUUACUCUGCUGUAGACAAUGUUUG